UUGCUAGUCAUACUACUGUAAUAGGACCAUAACAGUUUUAUUAAAUCUCCUGGCUUUUCAUCCCUUAGUUGCACAUUCUGCUUUAAUGUUCAAUGAUUUAUAAUAUUGAUGUGUAUUUUUUCCCUAGACCAACUUAUGAUGACAUGCCAUUCAACUCCCAGCUUCUUGCAAAAGAUGGGGCUGCUGUUUCAAUGGAAGUCAAAGAGAAGGAGAGACAGAUGACCAGGGUGGAAAAUCCAAACAGUGGCAGUGGAUUCACUGCUGAAUCAGGCUGCCUUAUUUCCCAGAACCAUGAAAAGCGGAAGAAGACUUCUGUAGAACUGCUUCCUAUCCAGACUCUGGGAAGGGGACAACAACCCAAACUAGGAGCUUCACAACGAAAUCUGUGUAUUUCCAGUAAUAUAAAUAAUCUUGGUCCAACAAACCUUUUGACCAAAAAUAGUAAUCAGAACGUCUCAUUUACAGCUAGGGAUGUUUUACCCCAUCCAUUACCUGUUAGCCAGGUACCAUCCCCACCUCAUAGACAUGCAAAAAAUAUUAGCUAUCCAGUAAAAGCAGAUGGCAUAUGUGAACAGGCUAUGCAAGAUAUAUGCAACCAAGAUGGAUUUUUGAAUUCAAACAAAAAUCUUGCUUUACAGCCAGUCCUGUCAAAAACUGUUUCACAUUUUCACAAGAGUCCUGUCUAUAAUACAGGCAACUCUUUAAUCUCAGGUCAACUCUUUUUAAAACAAGAUGACUUAGAAUCUCAGGAUGAAACUCAGAUUAACCUUUGUCUCAGGAAUUCUAGAAAACCUGUGGGCACCAGCAAUUCCCUGAAUUUUCAAGCAGCUCCCCAAUUACCAAGACAAAAAGAACAGUUGUGCAGAAGUGCUGAAAGUUCUAUAAAUGAAAUAAUUGAACAGGUCAUUUUGAAAUACUGUUAUGAAUCUCCUCCCAAAGAGUUGCCUUGCAGAGAAGAAGAUACAAAUUCCUGUGUAAAUAUUCUGUCACUUUUGGAUCACAGUAGUCUGCAUGGUUCAGAUAUGAGUUUUGAUUGUGAUGCAGCUAUUGAUUCACAAGCAAACCUGUCCAAGUUAGCUGCUAAAAAUCUAGAACUUCUCAAAGAAGUUAAAAUAAAUCUACAAGAUGAAAACUAUGGCACCCAACUCAGCUCCAUUUUUAAAAAGGUUUCAGUGCAGCAAAUAGCAGAAGCAGAAAAUGAUCUUUCAAUUCAAAAUGAAGAACCAGUUCUUCCAGCUCUGCCUCAUGUGCCUCCUUCCUUUGUAGGAAAAACCUGGUCUCAGAUCAUGUACGAAGAUGAUAUGAAAAUUGAAGCACUUGUGCAGGAUUUUAGAGAAGGCCGCUUCCGCUGCCAUUUUGAUACUGAUCCCUUGGCUCAUCGUACACCGAGAAAAAAACCUCAAAAGACUGAUGAGAGGAUCAAUGUAGUUGUACCUAGAAAAACAGGGGCUGGGCCUGCUAAAGGGCUUCCAGAAUUUACUGAUGUCCUAAGUGAUGGUCCUGACUUCAGCAACUUAUCUGUAACUUCA